AUGAACGCCGCUUGAAUAGUGCGGAGACCUUCGGAUCGCGUGGAAGUUAAACCUUUCGGUGGAAAAGUGUCGCGGGCUUUCUUUUUUCUGAUAAGGAUAAAAAAAAGUGACAUUGGGCUGUGACCACAAUCAGUUUGAAGGACUUUGUAGUGAAAGUGAAAACAGCUGGAUAUCUAGUUACGCAAUUUUAGUUAGCGACAAAGUGUGAGAAAAUGUUGCUCAAGGCACUAUUUCUCGCAUAUCUAUCGAUACUGGGUCCGCCGCCAGUGGUGAAAGCCGUCAAGGAUGCACUGUAUGCAUAUGCACCGGAAUACGCACAUCCAUCGUACUCCUUCAGCUACGGUGUGAAAGAUCUGCACAGCGGUGAUGUUAAAUCCCAGUGGGAAACUCGCGACGAUGGUAUCGUCAAAGGCCACUACAGCGUGGUGGAACCGGAUGGAUCAAUUCGUGAAGUGGACUACACUGCCGACUCUAAAACUGGAUUCAACGCGGUGGUAAAAACGCAUGGUCCCAAUGCGCAUCCCAUAGUCGACGAGCACGAGCACUAUCGGUACGACGACCAUCACUCGCAAUCAAAGAUCAAUCACUACAGCAAAAAUCAGGACCACAUUAUCCUUAGCUCGGAUGUGCCCCAACACGAGCAAGACAUUGCAGAGCUCAGCGAAAAGAAGCGGCCAACGCCAGCGUUACUUGAACUAAAACCUCACGUUAACUUUGCCCAUGAACAUAAAGGGUAUCGACCUUCGUAUGGUGGAGGAAAGGAGGAAUUCUUCUCCAAGGAAUUCGACUUCACUAAAGACAGCUUCAAGCCAACUAUCCGUAUCGAAGAAGUCAAGGCUCCUGAUCUAUCCAAGCUGAAACCAGUUUCCCCUUCAGUUGAUUUCUCAAAUCUGGGCGAAAAGGAGCUUGGCCCAUACUACAAGAAAGACGUUAUCUAUCAACCGUUUGCCCAGUACAACAAUCAAGUAUCGCAUCCAGUAACAUUACAAAAGGCCAAACUAGGUGGCGUUCGCCAAUCAGGUCCUAAGAAGAAUCUGCUGAAGCCAUACACCACACCCGGUCUCAAACAUUUUACGACCCCGAAAGUAUACCAGUUCAAGGCACGUGGUGGCCCUCCACGACCGGACUAUUCCAGCUAUUUCCAACCUCCGACGCCUGUCCGGCAGGCACGAACCGGCCCGGUGUUGUUCCCCAGCUCACCGGAUGCACAAAUGGUUGCAUCGCAGCAGAUGAUUCAGUCGAUGAUGAACCAACAGCAGCAAAGGCGGAUUCCCGUUUACGCCAGGAAUUACGCCUGAUGGGAUUCCUAACCAAGUUCCAGUUCAUUGUUUUUAUCAUCCUAUAGUGCAAUACAAAAUGGGUUGAUGGUAAUCGGAGACAAUUCUUUCAAGGCUGGUUUCCAUUACCCGUAGAAUAGAGUUGCUAACCUUUCUAGCGACCGGUCUAUUUAUUAACCUUUAGCUAUAAUUUUAAUGUGAUAAAUUAAGUGAGUUAAGUAUUUUCUGUAUGUUAAGAAAGUGUAUGUAAUCAUACUGCAUUUGAAAAUUGAAUUUCUACUAAUGGUUUGUGAAAUAUAUACUGUUUGUAGAGAUAGAGUAUAGUGAAUAAGCAGAACUUGUUUAUUUUGAUGACU